AUGAUGCAAAGAGGCCCGGAGCGGCAUACCGGGCAUCGAGUUUCAUAUGAAACUGUCAUUAGUAGUUUGGAUCUCUCAAUUGAGAAUGCAAUCCAGUACAACCAAUACUAUUUGUGUGGAAGUGCUAUGGUUGACAACGGCAUGUUGCUGCUGGCCGCGGUGCCGCUCGCCGACUGCCACGUGGGCGUCAUCGCGGACCCCAAGCACACGUCGAGGCUGAUCCGCGCCCUCAACGACGCGCACCCCAUCCCCACGCUGCAGCACUUGAAGCGCGUCCGCCGGCGCGCGGGCCCGCCCGUCCGCUUCGAGGUGCUGCUGGCCCCCGCCGAGGACUUCGCCUCCGGGGCCGACUGCCUGUCCGCGCUGCGGGCGGCGGGCGUGGACGCGAGCGGCCUGGACGCCGAGACCGUGGUGGCCUCCGUGCCCGCGGCGCCGCCCCGCACCCGCGCACAGUUCGCCGCGGCCAGCGAGCACUGGGCCUGCAACUUCCACGAGGACGCCGCCCUGGAGAAGCUCAUCGCCGGCACCGCGUUCGACGACGCCGACCUGGACAAGCACCGGCGCUGGAUGCGGCGCGCGGGCGGCGCCGCGCAACGUGGCCGCGGCGUCGUCGCCGGCGCCGUGGUCGUGGACCCCGCCAGGGACGCCCUCGUGGCCGAGGCCGCCGACUGCCGCGGCGUGCACCCGCUCCGCCACGCCGCCAUGAACGCCGUGGACUUGGUCGCCUGGUCGCAGGCCGGCGGCGCGUGGCCCGUCCAGGACGGCGACGUGUACGACGAGGACCUCCCCGACAGGCCGCCGCCGGUGGGCACGGUCCGCAACCGCCAGGACGCCGUCGACGACGAGAAGCCCGUGGGGCCGUACCUGUGCACGGGCUACGACGUGUAUCUGACCCGGGAGCCGUGCACCAUGUGCGCGAUGGCCCUGGUGCAUUCCAGAGUGCGGCGGGUCUUCUACUCGGUGGCCGCCCCGCACGGCGUCCUGGGCUCGGCCGCCAAGGUGCACACCGUCCGCGCGCUCAACCACCACUACCAGGUGUUCAGGGGCCCGGCCUGCUCCGCCAGCGCCAGCCCAGCCUCCUGACCUCGGACUGCACUCUGCACUCGGACUGCACUAUCUCUCUGCAAGCUGGUCUUGCCGCCGUGCCGCCGUGCGUGUACUUGUCUGCUUGCCAUCAAUAAAACGCUUACUGCUCGUGUUUCUGU